AUGACCGAUGCAGAGGGGCCGAAGGCCGAGAGCCCGACGUCCAGGGUCGCCAGCUCCGAAAAUUUGAAGCUCCAGGUCGAAAGCCCGACGUCCAGGGUCGCCAGCUCUGAAAACUUGAAGCUCAAGGUUGAAAGACGGACAUCCAGAGAGGAUCUUGUCUCGAAGGUCUUGAGCCAGGACCUUGCGGUCUCCCGGGGCGUGAAGGAAGUCGAAGAGUCGCUGUGCCAGCAAAUUCGCGAGCUCCGACGGUCUUUGGAACACAGCAUCGAGGUCGUCACUGGCACCACGGUGUCCCAGAAACAAAGCCUCGAGGUCGUGAACGCCAAGCUGCGAGUGGUGGAGCAGAGGACCAUCCGACACACCAGCGAGCUCAAAGCAGUGAUGAAAACCGUCGAAAAGCACGGGCUCAGUGAGGAUGGAAUGACGCCGCUGCGCCAGCAGCUGGCAGACAUGGAGACGCGAGCGAAGUCUACCCGCGACAACAUUGAUCGCCUUCACAGCCACGUCCACGCAUCAGUGGCCAGGCUGGACGACGAAUUCCAGCGCUUGGAUCAAAGCCUCUCUGGGGAUGUGAUUCGCAUGGAGCUGUCCACGUUGAACAGCCACGUCCAAGACCUCCGGCGAGAUCACAGCAACUUUACCCUUUGGGCGCGCCCGGUGAUGGAAGAGCUGCUGCCCAUGCCAUCCCAGGUCCGAAACAUUGGAGAGGAGCUGGUCGUGCUGGGGAAUCGGCAGGCGAGAUGUGAGGAUGAUGUGAACAAGAUCACUCGCCUUGGGCGCAUUUUGGACGACAAGGUAGAAGUGUUCGAUGACCUCCAACGGCGCAUGGAGGAGUUGAACGCCAACGCCCAGCGAGUCUUGGGCUCCCAGUUUGCCGCAUCCGUUCGCUGCCUCGGCUGCCGCGAGCCAAUCGUCACCGAGGAGGACAGCUGGGCCCAACGCUGUCGAACGCCCUCACCACCCAGGCCCACCGUCGUCGGUGCGCACUUUGAACCCGCGACGCCAAAGACGACACCCCGGCGCAGGCCCCAGAGUGCGGGCGCUCGCCUCGGGGACAGCGGCGGAUCGGAGGAGCGUUUCAAGUCGGCUACGGGCCAGGAGAAGCUGGUCCUCACGGUUCCACGUGUUCGCAACGACUUCUACUCUUAUGCAAAGACGGUCGGCAAAGCUGACCCAGGAGGAUUCACCGGUGCCGUGCGCGGCGUCUCCAUGGCCGCUCUUGCUGCCACCUGCCACAUUCGAAGAUUAGACUCUGCUGACAAGUUGAAGUCUUGUUCACCCGUCAUCCUGGCCUGCGACAGCGAAAAGCGCGGCGCCAAAACGACAGCCGCCAGCGGCGACAGCGCGGAGGUCGACUUGGCCCUGCGACUUGAGUAUGCAAGGGCCUGUGAGAUGAGCCGGAAGAUUUCAGAUGCCGUGCCUGGCAGAAAGGAGGCAAGCCGCGGGUGGAUUGCCGGAGGGACGUGGUCGGGCCAAACUGGUCCAGCCACGGCAUUUUUCACCGACGACCUCCUACUCCGGCCAGGCGAGAAUGUUCAUAACAUUGGCCAGGCUCUGCUCAUGCAUAGUCCCGAGGGCGCAGUUCUGAUUCUGCAGGCAGCCACAAGCUCUCAGCCGCAAGCUCUCCCGCAUGCUUUGGCAGAGCAGCUGCAAGACAAGGAGAUCGUCCGCACGGCCGUCGAGGGUCAGGGCAAGGUACUGGUCUUUGUCCCCGUGGAGCUGCGGGACGACGAGUCCAUCGUGCAAGCAGCCGUGGCGCAAGAUGGUUUGGCAUUGGAAUAUGCCAGCGCAAGGCUGCGUGGGAAGUGCGAGAUUGUGCUCGCUGCCCUUGGGCAGAACCCUGAGGCUCUCUGCUACGUGCUGCCGGCAACGAGGGACGACACCCGGCUGAUCGAGUUUGGCUGCUCGAGACAUCCGGAUCUGGUGGCCAUGGUGGGCGACCGGCUCCGACCGAUGGCUCUGAAGAUGGCACUGGCGCGGCUGCGGAUGUUCGUGGAGCCAGUCCUCAAAGAGAUGCAGGUCUUGUGGGACCAUGCGCGGCCAAUCUUCAGAAAGGUAAACUCCCUGCGUGACCUCCAAGUUGCCAUCGAUGACCCCAAGGCCUUCUUGUCAUCGCUGCGCGGGCGCAGCGACGACCUGGGCACGGAGUGGCGAAUCGCUGAGCUCCGCCCGAAACUGGAGUGCCAGACUUCGGAACGAGGUCUUUUCUGGGAAGAUAUGGAGCCUGUGCUGAAGUCGUGCAGCCGGAAGGAGAUGCAGAGUGCUGAGGAGGAUGGCCGACGUUUCCUGGACGUGCUCCAAGAGAAGAUGCGUGGGGAAACGGCCCGUCUCCUGGCAGUGGCGCAGCUCCGUGUCCCUCUGAAGCGCGUGCUGCCCAAGGGCAUGGAAUGGCAGGAUGUUCUGCCAGCUUUGCUGAAGAUCGAUACGCUGAAAGAGCUGCAGAACGCCAGGGAAGCCCCAGACCUCUUGCUGUGGAAGCUGACCAAAGCGCAAGACUGGCCACCCGCAGGCUCCUACAGCUUCGCUGCGCUGCGACCCAAGCUGGAGCCGAAGCUGGAAGAAGGCAUCUACUGGGAGGAUUUCGUCAAAGCAUUGCAGGUUCUGAACCCGGAGGAGCUCGCACAAGCAGCCUUGAGUGUGUACCGCUUCGUGCAGCUCCUCGAAAUCUACCCAAUGGACCCGGCAGGAAGGUGGUGGUUCAUAGCCCGCGUGCGGCGGCAUAUCCAGGCGGCCUUGGAAGUUCAAGGCAACCCUUGGGAUGAAGCUGUGGAGAUGAUGCAAGACAUGGAGCCGGCGUUUGACUUGCAACCCGCCAUCCACCACCCAGAGAAGAUGGUGGAGCGCCUGGCGCCCGGGCCAAGGCACCUCGAGUUCCAGCCGUUCGAGGAGGAGCCCGCCGACCGUGAGGUGGCAGUGAAGGGUGAGAAGCCCUUGAUGUUCGGUUUUCGCGUGCAAGGUCUUGGCGAGGGUGUCGAGGCGAUCGCAGCAGAAGCCGAGGAGCCUCCAUGA